GGGUGCAUUGGUCCGUGUCAGACAGCAAAGACUGCUGCAUUUAUCUAGGAAUCUGAGCCAAAGCAACCUCACUAACACAGAACGAGCAGGACCAAGAGGAGGACGAGGAUUGAGAUGAACUGAAGAGAAGAGGGAAAAGGAACAAGUGCAAAGAGGGAAUUGGAAGGAUAAGGUCAACAACACAAAGAUCAAAACGAGAAGGACAAGAUGGGAAAACUUUUCAUCUGAGGAGGAACUUUUUUUUGCAAGAAACCUUCAUAAAAAAUUUUAAAAUCAGCUUCAAACAAUUAAGGAAUUUUGAAUCAAAACAUUUUCCAAUGAUUGCUUUUAGUCAUCUCCGUUUGAUUUCUUUGCUGUCUUUGUAUGUGGGAGCGCUGCUGUCCUCAGAUGCAUCUCCAGCCUGCUCACGUCCACCCUGCAGGGAUAAAUUAGUGGCUGCACCCGUCUCUCCAGGAACCAGAGCAGCAGUGAGUACAGAGGCCUGUGAGGGUCAAACAGGGACAAUUGCAUGCAAGAUGGGAGGUUCACUCGCAGCUAUCUCAGAGGCUCCUCAGACGGCUGAGCAAAGAAACAAGGUUCAAGUUCAAGUUCAAACUGAAGGUGUCAAAGAGCGUCUGGUUCUGCUGCAGCGCUGCAUGCGUUCUCUCCAGGAAUCAGGAUCUGCCCGGAGUCAAGGGGGCCAGGAGAGUAACUCUCUGGGGGCCAUCCUGGCACUGAUGGCAGCCGUGCUGACAGAGUGUGACCUCCACUGUCACAGUCAAACCCUCGGAGUGAUGGCUAAGCGCCUGGAGAGUGCUGCAGUGGGCAGAGAGGGGGAAAAAGAUCUGCUGCUUUUCCUCAAGAGCAUCACACAACAUCCUCCCACAGUUGCACCCAUGGAGAGGUUGCAUCCUCAGGACUGUGCAGAGAUUUACAGGCUUGGAAUCACAGAGGAUGGAAUCUACACCAUCCAACCUGAUCUGGAAGGGCCGGCGCUGGAGGCUAAAUGUGACAUGGAGACAGUAGGCGGAGGGUGGACUGUGAUCCAGAAUCGGCAGGACGGCUUGGUGGACUUCAACAGGACAUGGCAGGAAUACCGGGAAGGCUUUGGCAAUCCACAGGGAGAGCACUGGCUUGGGAAUGCUGCAUUGCAUGCCCUCACCUCUGCUGGCCAACACCAACUCCGUAUUGAGCUAGAGGACUGGUACCAACAGAAGCGUCAGGCUACCUACAACAACUUCAAAGUGGCCUCUGAGGCACAAAGGUAUCGCCUGACAGCCCACGAGUACACCGGUGAUGCUGGCAAUGCAUUGAGCUACAGCAGACAAUACAACCACGAUGGCAGAUCUUUUAGUACCACAGACAGAGAUCAUGACCAGUAUGUGUCUGGAAACUGCGGUCAGUACUACGGUGCAGGCUGGUGGUUUGAUGCUUGCCUUGCAGCAAACCUGAAUGGCCGAUACUACCAUGGACGUUACACCGGCGUGACCAACGGGAUCUACUGGGGGACGUGGUACAUUCUGACAGAUGGACGAACUGGAGAACGUUAUUCCUUCAGGAGGGUGGAGAUGAAGACUAGACCUCGGAACUUUGUAGGAACAAACUGAGGAUGAAUUUGUUGUGGAAAAUGUUACUGCAAACUAUGGCAAUAUCAUGAAAUAUUGGAUGAAUAAGAUGUUUUAAGAUACUUUUUGCUUGAGGUGUUUUAGAUACUGUAAAACAAAACCUUCACAACAUUUGUGCCAUUUACAUGAAGAUCCUCUCUAAGAAAUAAACUCAAAAACAGUG